GAGAGAGAGAGAGGGAAAAGGAGGAGAAUGAAAAAGAGAAGACACAGAUGAGGAAAGGACAGACGCAGCUACAAAACCAGGGAAUUUUGCCGGCAAGUGAAAAGUUUCUGCUCGUUCCUCAGGUUUCCUCCAGCUUCAGACAGACAGAAGAUCUGCAGCUCACAGAGGAACAACACUGGAUAUUUAUAAAGGAAGCUGAAGACAGGAUGAGUGUAUAAGCACACAAGCAUGAAGUCGAUCUUCACACUGUUCCACAACCUCCGACCCUCACCCUGAACCCAGCACCAGCACCAACCAGUCCACUAGAGGAAAAGGUGUGUAACACUGGAGGUCAGGAAAAAAACAUGGACUCUGCAGACCAACCACCACACCUGGGCGUCCACAAUGUUCCCUGCUAGCCUUCUGGUUCUGAUGACCCUGCUGCUACCUUCAGCCUCAUCAGGUCACCAGGGCUCCACUCACUCUGAUGGUAACUCCAGACUUUCUCUAGAUCCCAGUUUGGCCCAGACCAUCCAGAAUCUCCUUUUGGCUCGACUGGGCCUGCAGUCCUAUCCCAACCCUCACUCGGGAGCAGUGGUACCUCAGUAUCUCCUGGACCUCUAUCGCUUCCACACACAGCAGUACCACCUAGUAGAAGAUCCAGAUUUCAGCUUUCCUGUGGAGCAUGUACAAGGAGCCAACACGGUCCGCAGCUUUCACCAUGCAGACCUUCACAGCCCUGUUGAGAAGAGUGACAGGAUCCAUAUAGCGUUUAACCUGUCCUCUAUUCCUUCCUAUGAGAAUGUGGUGUCAGCAGAGCUGCGUUUUCUGCGUGGAGGAUCACACCAGGAUUCAGCACCUCACACUGUCAGACUCUAUGUCUCCGGUAAUGACACAAAGCCCAAACUUCUUCACUCACGGCAGUUGGUCAGAGAACCUUCUGGGUCUUGGGAAGCCUUUCCUCUGAAUGCAGAACUAUUUCAGGAGUUGACUGAUCAUGCAGAGAAAAUGACUUUUAUCUUGGAUGUGACCUCAGACAACAGCAGUAACGUGGUGGAGGACAUGGACUCAGGGGGACAUUUGAGAGUGCGCAGAUCUGCAGGUGAAGAUGAAUACAGCUGGGCACGACAAAGACCACUACUCAUCACUUACAGCCAUGACGGACGCAGUGAACCACUCAUCCCCAUAGGAAAGAAGAAGACCUCCAGGGGUAGGAGGGGAGGAAACAGGGCCAAAAAGCUCAAAGGUCAGUGGUCACCGGUAAGCUGGCGUGAUGUCUGGGCAGACCGGAGAGUAAAGAGGAAUAACAGUGGUCGAGCAGCUAAACUGAAACGACUGUCUCGCUCUCGAUGUCGCCGCCAUCCCCUCUACGUAGACUUUAAAGAUGUUGGGUGGAACAAGUGGAUCGUAGCACCGACUGGUUACGACGCUUUCUUCUGUCUGGGUGAGUGUCGCUUUCCUCUCGCCGCCCACAUGAACUCGUCUAGCCACGCUAUGGUGCAGACGCUGCUGAACUCAGUGAACGGAGCUGUGCCUCGAGCCUGCUGCGUGCCAACGGCUCUCAGUCCCAUCGCUCUCCUCUAUCUGGACCAGGAGGAUCAUGUGGUGCUUAAAAACUAUCAGGAUAUGGUAGUGGAGGGCUGUGGCUGUCGGUAGCAAGAAGUUCACAAUGUAAAAGAGCAUGAAAGCAUAAAAGAGCAAGCAGAUGAAAAAAUACAUCACAUUCCACAAGGAACCUUCAAGGUGUUUUCUCACAGACCUCUCCAAGCUUUGAGUUCCUGUCCAGUCCUGGUGCAUUGCCUUCUUCACAAAGCAGCACAAAUCAGAUUUUUUUUAGAAUCUGAUUUUCAGAAUCAGAUUCUCAGGCAAAAUAUUUGAAUGUGGGAGGAGGAGAAAACUAGAAAUAAAAAAUUAGGCUUGAACAGAUGAAACCUUUAUGAGUCCCAUACACACAUUCACUACACUUUCAUGUGUCUUAUAAACGUAGAAUAGUGAACAUGGUCUUUGGGUCACAUCUCACCACUCGCUUCUGACCUUAUAAAAGCAUAAACCUCCAGCUUAAUGAGAUCUGAGUCCAGUUUCACUCAGACCCCCGGUUUGUCACAUGGUAUAGAUUCAAAAAGUCAUCUGUUCCGUCACAAUAAAAUUCUCUUUAUCUGAUUUGUGCUGCUGUUCUGAACAAACUCCACGUGUCCGUGUCGUCCUGCUCUUCGUUCGUCCAGCUUCCUGUUCUGUGCCAUAAAAAUCACUGCAGCCCACGUCCUCGUGUACUUCCUGUUCCUGUUUCGCACCUUCUACUUCCUCUCAGCGGCGUUCAGUGAAAAAACACAACUUUUUGAUUAAGAAUGUUCAACGCUUUGAUGGAUUUGAUGAAGUUUAUUCUUUACAAAUAAUAUUCCAUCAGACGUGCAAAGAUAAGAGACUUCUCACCACAUCGUAUUCUAAUAAACCUGACACUAAACUUCCAGUAUCAUAUUCUAAUGUGUGAAUGUAUCCAUAUUAUUAUUGUCAUUAUUAUUUAUGGUGUAAAUUUACAUUGCAGUCAGAAAAGUCACUUAAUGAAUAAUAUCUUGCAGUAAAAUCUAAUUUAAAGAGCA